UUGAGUAUAUACAUGCAUUGUCAUAGGUCAGACAGAGUUAUUGAGUCAGAUACUCGACAUUCGACAAUGAAUUAGACGAAGCUAUUAGCAAAUGGCGACUAACUUGUCCAGUUGUCUCUCUCCUUCGUACGAACAGAAUUUUGAAUAAUGGCAAAGAAUAAAAAGUCUAAAACUGCAGUAGGGUCUCAAAAUAGAAGACCAAAUAUUCGAUCGACUUCGGUGUUAUGAGAUACCAGUCUGGAAUUACAACAUCCGGUAACCGGACUGACAAAAGGAAACCAUCGCAGUUUGACCAAAGUUUCAUUGCUGAUACACUCUCCGGAUCUUCAAACAGCGUCGUCCAUACAAAAGAUGAAUUGAGGGAAUACGAGGCGGAAGAGCUUGAACCAAGCAACUGUGAUCCUGAUGGCAUUCUACUGUAUUGGGCACAGAGGUCACGCAAAUGGCCGCGUUUAUCGUGCAUGGCGAGGGACAUCUUGACCAUUCCCGCCACAAGCGCGUCCAGCGAAAGGGCGUUCAACGUGGAGAAAGAUGUUUUCGGUAUAUCAAGAAUGAGUCUCAGUCCUGAAACCGUAGAAGCCUUAUUAUGUCUGCGCUCAUGGUACAGAGCAGGAUUGCUAGCAGAUGUGAAUGUCGAUGCAUUUAUUCGAGAAAUCGAGAAUGCGAGUGUUGAUGACAUUGAUGAUGAAGAACUAACUUACGCUCACAUGCAGUGUAAUUCGUUGUUCGUAGGUUGA